UGCAUGAUUAGAGUUACUCCCACAUAAGUCAUGCACAGGAAAACCAAGAGCAUUUGCUCCUUCAUGUCAAGAACAAUAGGCUGUUAGUGCGCCAUGAGGCUCUCAGGAGACAAGUUUAACUCGGCACACUGAACUAUUUUUGUUGUUAGAGGAAUCAUUAGGACUUUGACCGGAGGACUUAUGCUGUUUUGAACUGUGGAUUUACUGUGUUGUACUUGAAGAGCUGAUAAUCAUGUCACUCCCAGAGGAGGAUCUCACAUGUCCCAUAUGUUGUGACAUCUUUGUGGACCCCGUUUUGCUGUCAUGUAGCCACAGCUUCUGCAGGAGCUGUCUGAAGCGCUAUUGGGAAACAGGGUUACGUGAGUGUCCAGUAUGCAGAAAAAGAGCCUCCAAGGCGGUUCCUGCCACCAAUUUAGCUCUGAGAAAUGUCUGUGAAGCUCUUUUGACGGCUAGGAGGAAUUCAGUGCUGGUGGAAGAGAAGAUGAACUGUAAUCUGCACGGGGAGAAGUUAAAACUCUUCUGUCUGGUUGACAAACAGCCCAUCUGUGUGGUGUGUCAGUCUUCCAAACUGCACAAGAGUCAUGACUGUUCACCUAUAGAAGAGGCCGUGCUAGACUGCAAGGAUGAACUUGCUUCAUCCCUCAAGAAUUUGCAAGACAAAGCGGACAGCCUCAAAAGAACUCAAAUGACCUCUGCAGACACGAUCGAGUACAUCAAGAGUCAGUCACUAAAAACACAAAGAUUGAUCAAGAGACAGUUCGAGCAGCUUCAUCAAGCCCUCUACCAAGAUGAGUUGGCAAGAAUAGCAGCUGUGAAAAAAGAAGAAGAAGACAAGAUUGCAGGAAUGAAGGUUAAGAUUAAAGAGCUUUCAGAAGAAGUGCUGUUGCUCACAGAGACAGUCUGCGUCAUACAGGAGCAGCUGAAAGAAGACCAUGUGGACUUGUUGAAGAAUUUCAAAGCCACUCAGGACAGAAAAAAAAGCAUAUCGCUUGAUUCAGACAACAUGUCCGGGUUAUUGAUUGAUGUGACCAAGCAUCUCUGCAACCUCAAGUAUAAAGUCUUGGAGAAAAUACUGGACCAAAUUGAGUAUUCUCCUGUGACUUUGGAUCCAAACACAGCACACCCCUGUCUCAUCCUGUCUGACGACCUCACUUCCCUCCACUACUCAAAGCUGCACAGCGGUUGCCCUGACAACCCAGAGCGCUUCCACAUCAGCGCUGAAGUGGUAGGCAUGGACGCACUGGGCUCAGGAAGCCACCACUGGGUGGUGGAAACAGGAAGUAAUCAGGACUGGCUCCUGGGCGUGGCCUCUUUGUCUGUACCUAGGAACUCUGAGAUCUCUGCUCGGCCUGAGCACGGCUUCUGGACUUUAUGUUUCAGGAACGGAGAGUUCAGGGCAAUGACCUCGCCACCCACCCCACUGACAGUUACAAGAGUGCCCAAACAAGUCAAAGUAAAACUGGAUUACAACAAAGGGACAAUGUCUUUUUUUGACCCUGCUGAUGACACACUCAUCUAUGCAUUCACACACAUGUUCACAGAAAGUUUACUUCCAUAUUUUUAUACACAGAGCAGUAAUCCAUUGAGAAUAUUGCCAGAGAAAGUACUUGUGACGAUGCUGCGUCCAGGAUGAAGGAUUUAUUAAUUUUGAAAAGAUAACAUGAUCCCAGACCUGUUUUGAUGGCUAAGAUCAGAUCUGGCUGUAAUAAUAUGUUCUCUUUAAGAAGCCAAGUAUUUCCCCAUCCAAGUCAUUUUGCUGGUUCAAUAAAACAUUGUCACCUUUUUGUUACUCAUUCCUCCUUAAAGGAAGAGUCCAACAUUUUGGGAAAUAGGUCUACCCUUCUUCUCUUUUUUUUUUUAUCCCACUCACAUGUUUGUGUGUAUUGUGUGUUUUAGGUGUACAAAGACUAGGUGUUACACCUUCAGACACAUCCCGACUAGUAGUUCCAGCUUGUUUCCACACUUUGUGCUAGGUUAAGCUUACCAGCUGUUGCCUCUAACUUCAUAUUUACUGACAUGCAUUGAUGUUCUCAUUAAGGGUCUUGUAUGCUGUACAGACUGUGAAACCCCUUGAGACAAGUGUGAAUUUGGACUAUUAAUUGACCUGCCUUGACUUCUUACAAAUAAGAAAUCUAUUUCUUUAUUGAAAGAAAUGUUAAUAUAAUUGACUAUAU